UUUAUUUUUUUCCUGUGUUCAAGUGAGAGAUUAGGCAGAUUAAAUAGUUAGAUAUUAUAAUGAUCAUCCAAGAAGAUUAUCCAGAGCUUGUUUUCAUAUUCCUCACACUCUUUUCUUUCUGUGCAAGAUUCUGUACACCACAAACCAACAACAACGCAGCAGCAAGAAACACAUGCGAGAACUCCGCCAGAUGCGGAGCUUUCGGCAUCUGCAACUCACAAGGCUCCCCAAUUUGCACUUGCUUACGUGGAUUCCAACCUCUGAACAAGCAAGAAUGGGAUUCCGGGAACUGGACCGCAGGGUGUUCGAGAAAAGUCCCCUUAGAGUGCAGUAUCGAAAACAAUAAUAAUAACAAUACUAGUAGCCGUAACGGGACGAAAGAAGAUGGAUUCUUGAAGAUAGAGAUGAUUAAAGUUCCCGGUUACGCGCAGCGAUUGCUCGUGCCCGAAACCGAGUGCCCGAAGCAGUGCUUGAUGAACUGCUCUUGCAUAGCUUACGCUCAUGAUUCUGAUCUCGGGUGUUUGUUUUGGAAUAGUACCUUGUUCGACAUUCAGAAAUUCCCUAGUGGAUCGGGUUCCGAUCUUUUUUUCCGUGUCGCGAAUUCUGAACUUGAUCAUAAGAAAGACUUGAAGAAAAUCGUAAUAGCUUUGGUUAUAAUCGGCGUAACUCUUUUGUCUAUAUGCAUGUAUUUUUCGUGGAAAAGGGUAGUUAAGAAAAGAGGCGAAAAUAGAGCCAUUGUGCUCGGAAGAGCGGAAGCAUCAGAAUCACUCGAUUCGUCUCUUCAAGACACGUUAAGUAGGUUAAAUCUUGAAGAAUUACCAUUGUUUAAAUUUGAUGUACUCGUAGAUGCAACCGACAGAUUCUCCAAUGCUAACAAGCUUGGAAAGGGCGGUUUCGGCAUUGUUUACAAGGGAGAACUGGUGAACGGAAGAGAAAUCGCGGUAAAAAGGCUUUCUAAAGCAUCGGGACAAGGGAUAGAUGAAUUCAUGAACGAAGUAGUGCUUAUUUCUAAACUCCAACACCGAAAUCUCGUUAGACUAUUGGGUUGCUGUGUGGAGAAUAACGAGAAGAUGCUUAUAUACGAAUACAUGCCGAAUAAAAGCUUGGAUUUCUUUCUCUUCGAUCAAUCGCAAGAAAUCCUCGAUUGGAGAAAGCGUUUAAACAUCAUCGAAGGCAUUUGUCGAGGCCUUCUUUACCUUCACAGAGAUUCGAGAUUAAAGAUAAUCCAUCGAGACCUCAAGCCCAGUAACAUAUUGCUGGAUAAUGAUUGGAAUCCGAAGAUUUCCGAUUUCGGGAUGGCGAGAAUUUUCGGAAGCAACCAAGAUCAUAUCAGCACUGUAAGAGUUGUCGGAACAUACGGAUAUAUGGCUCCCGAAUAUGCAAUCGAAGGAAAAUUUUCCGAAAAAUCUGAUGUUUUCAGCUUCGGGGUGUUGAUGUUAGAGAUUGUUUGCGGAAGAAGGAACACGAGCUUUUACAAUCACGAAACCUCUGCCAAUCUCUUAGGACAUGUGUGGAAACUGUGGAGUGAAGACGAUGUAGGAGAAUCGAUAGACGUAAGAAUAUCGAGUCGAAGUUAUCGUACAGAAGUGGUGAGAUGCAUACAAAUAGGAUUACUGUGUGUGCAAGAACUGCCUAAAGAUAGGCCUUCGGUUUCGAGUGUGCUCUCAAUGCUUAAGAGCGGAAUAGCAGAGCUUCCGGAACCUAAACAAGUUGCAUUUGCGUUGAAUUCAAAUAGUAGUUCGAAUACGAGGGCAAGUUCUUCUCAGCAGAGUCAAAAGAGUAGUGGCUCUGUGAAUAAUGUUACUAUCUCCGUCGUUGACGGUCGAUGAAAUAUUCGUAGUUGUCUCGAAGAAGAUUGUGAAUACAGAGAGUGGAAUAUACAUAGGGAUUUCUUAGCUUAUGUAUGUAUUUAUGUAUAGGCUUGUGUACGAGGAGGUUCAAGAUCGGUCAUCUUUAUUAAUUUAGGUUCAGUUUUUUUUCUCUCUUUUGCGCGUAAGCUCACUCGAUCAACAUGUAUUGGAGUUUAUUGCAUAUAGUAAACAUGUGUUAUAUCGAAUUGCUAAAGAA